UAGUACAUUUUUCUCAUCCCCAAAACAAAGAAAUCUCCUAAGUCUCUUAGCGACUUAAUAAGGGUGUCGGGAUUCUAUCCAUCUCUGCUUCUGCUCUGUAAAAGAGUACAGAGCAAAUUGAAGUAGAAACAUUAUGGGAUUCAAAUGGAUGAAUAUGUUGUUGUUGUGUGUGUUAUUUGUCGUAGGAGCAAUGGCUGCUGCACCAAAGAAGCCAAUGGAUGUACCAUUUGGAAGAAAUUAUGAGAAUACUUGGGCUCCUGAUCAUGUCAAAUACUUUAAUGGUGGCAGUGAGAUCCAGCUCUUCCUUGACAACCGCACUGGAACUGGCUUCCAAUCAAAAGGAUCUUACCUAUUUGGGCACUUUGCAAUGCACAUAAAGAUGGUUGCUGGUGAUUCUGCUGGCACUGUCACUGCUUUCUAUCUGUCUUCACAAAAUAAUGAGCAUGAUGAAAUAGACUUUGAGUUUUUGGGGAACAAAACAGGAGAGCCAUAUGUGGUACAAACAAAUAUAUACACAGGAGGGAAAGGUGACAAAGAGCAGAGGAUUUAUUUAUGGUUUGAUCCAACCAAAGAUUACCACACCUAUUCUGUUUUGUGGAAUCUCCACCAGAUUGUGUUUUUUAUAGAUGAAUACCCAAUCAGAACAUUCAAAAACAGCAAAGAUUUAGGUGUCAAAUUCCCAUUUGAUCAACCAAUGAAGAUAUACUCAAGUCUAUGGGAAGCAGAUGAUUGGGCAACAAGAGGUGGACUUGAAAAAAUAGAUUGGUCAAAUGCACCUUUUGUUGCAUCUUACAAAGGAUUUCACAUAGAUGGAUGUGAAGCCUCUGUAAAUGCAAAAUAUUGUUCAAAUCAAGGCACGAAAUGGUGGGAUCAAAAAGAAUUUCAAGAUUUGGAUAAACAACAAUGGAGACUUUUACGUAGAGUAAGGGAUAAAUACACUAUUUAUAACUAUUGCACUGAUAAAAAGAGGUUUGCAACUAUGCCAAAAGAGUGCAGGAGGAAUAGAGAUGUGCCUAGAAAAUCAUCAAAAAAGUCUCCUUAGGUUACGAAGGUCGUGCUCGUCUUGGAUUUGGUCGUGUUCUUGGGGUCGGUCAGGCUCAUGCGACGUUGAUGCCAGUGAAGAAUACUUUAUUUAAAAAAAAAGUCUACUUAGGUUAUGAUAUAUUUAUGAGUAAGGUUAUAUUCACAAUGUUCAAAUUAUUGUGCCACAUAUAUAUAUUUUAUGUGUUGUAAGGCUACAGUUUCAAUAAUUAAUAAAUUUCUAUAUUCAUUCAAAAAGGAAAA